AUGUUAAAUCCCAAGUAUGAGGUUCCUUCUCGUAAAACCCUUUCAAAUGGUUUGCUUGAAAGCAAUUAUCAGCGAGAAUUGGCAAAACUUACAGAUAAUUUGAGCAAAACAACAUCAUUAGCACUAACUUCUGACGGGUGGACCAAUUCCAAUAAUACCAGCUUUAUGGCUGUUACAGUUCAUUAUAUAAACGAUGAAUCAAAUCUCUGCUCCAAUUUAUUAGAAUGUACAGAGUUUCCGAACAAACAUACGGCUGAUAAUAUUGCCAUUUGUUUAAAAAAUGUAGCAGAAAAAUUUAAAAUCCACGAUAAAAUUCAGGCAGUUGUUACAGACAAUGCUGCAAACAUGAAAGCUGGAGUACGCCAGACUAAAUUUACUCAUCUGCCAUGUUUUGCGCAUACUCUCAACCUGAUCGUGCAAAAUGCUGUGCAAAAGUCGAUCUCAGACACUGUAGAAAAAAUAAAAACAAUUGUGAGAUUUUUCAAAAAAAAUAGCACCGCAACCCAUAAAUUAGCAGAAGCGCAACAGAAACUGGGUUUCAUUGUUUUAAAAUUGAAGCAGGAUGUGUUGACAAGAUGGAAUUCGACAUAUGACAUGAUCAACCGAUUUCAUAAGAACAAGAUUCCAAUUUUGUCAUGUUUGGAUAGCAUGAAAUAUAAACAUGAUUUAUCUACCAAAGAUUGGUUGGUGAUGGAACAAACCGUUAAAGUGCUACAAACGUUUGAUCACGUUACUAAAGUAAUUUCAGCAGAAAAAUCGGUAACAAUAUCUAAAAUGGGCAUAUUAUUAAACAUACUACGGCAAAAAAUAGGAAAGGAAAUGUCUGAUGAAUUAGAACCUCCAGUGAAAAAACUAAUUUCUAUUUUAAUCCAGGGCCUUUUAGAAAAGGGUAAGCCUUAUCUAGAGAAUAAGCUAGUUAAUCAAGCUAUGCUUUUGGAUCCACGUAUGAAAAACCAUAGUUUUGAGAAUGACCGGGACAGCGAUUCGAUGGGUACGGAAAUGAGCAAUCAGCGAGAAAAGAUCUACUUGAACAGUUGGACCAACUUGAAGCGCAUCAUUUAA